AUGUCCCAAUCCCCCACGAAACGAUCCCAAGAUGACGAAGCGGAAUCUUCCAGCGUUGCAUCCUCAUUCCUAGAAAACGACUGUAUCCCUAGGUCUAAGAAGACCAAGGUGCUCCCGCCCUGGGGUCUUCCGCUCACGGCCACCAGCAAGGAGGCGCCCGAGUCUCUUAGGGCUGUAUGGAAAGCUAUCGACAGAUAUGACAAGGGGAUCGGCAUAAUAGGGCACCUGGGGAAGGACGCCGUUGAGGCUGCCCAGAAGACAUUUCCGGAAUACGAGCAGGACGUCUUUGAGAGCUUCUAUGAGGAUCAGCCCGGCGCUCGCACAGCCCUCGGCCCCACGCCUACAUCUGCAGGCAUCAUCUCCGAGUAUGCUGACGCUAACGGCCGCAAGAUCGACUUCUACGCGUGUCUACGCCCCGAGGCCCUUGCCGCCACCGCUAUAACCACCACCCCGCGAUCAGGACCCCCUGGCCAGGGUCUCUAUCAACUACAACAAUUUCCUCCGCUCUAG